AUGAAUCUCAAAUGCGUCGCGCAGGCAGACGCUACUAAAUGUAAAGACAUCGCCUUGUCUAGGGAGAAUGCCAACUACUUCAAUAAUGUGCAGUGGAGUGCAGAUGGAACGAGCUUGAUUGCAACCACAGCCAAAAACGCCAUAGAAACCUUUAUUGUUCCUCCUAACCUCCUGGAAGACCGGGAGGGGCCACUGGCAUUAACCUCAUAUUGCACAAUUGUUUCUGAUGGUCCUGUUAGUGCCGUGGUUGGGUAUUCAUUCUUCGAUCUCGCAAAUCCUGCUACAGCAUUGGUCCUGUCGACACGAAAGGACCUGCCUAUUCGUCUUAAUUCGGCCUUGACUGGACAACUUACCGCUUCAUAUCCACUUGUCAAUUCCAUGACAGAAGCAUACAUCUGUCCGAACUCUCUCAUCUUCAACCAUGAAGGUGAUCGAUUCAUUGCCGGUUCUGAUUCGCUGAUAUCCACAUUUGAUCUUUCUAGGCCAGGACAAGAACCUAUCUCAUCCUUCCCAACCGGUCCACGGAGGAAGAAUGAUAGCCAUUUCAGCCCGGCGGUAAAUAUGAGAGGUAUUGUCUCAGCUUUGGCAAUCGACAAUGCGAGUAAAAUACUGGCCGCAGGCACUUUUAGCCGUUAUGUUGGCUUAUAUGAUUCUAUGGGUGAAGGUGAUUGCGUAGGUGUUUUCUGUCUCAAGGGAACCACCGCCGAUCCCCAUAUUGGUGGUGCCGGAAUUACUCAGGUGACAUGGAGCGCCUGUGGAAGGUAUCUGUACAUCACAGAAAGGAGGAGCGAUGGGGUAGUCAUUUACGACAUCCGAAAGACUGGACAGCUUCUCUCUUGGCUCGAGGGAAGGAAAGCGAACACAAAUCAACGAAUGUCGGUGGAUAUCGUUAGCUCAAGUGGCACGGAUGAAACAGCUGACCAUGAGGUAUGGGCCGGUGGCUCAGAUGGGUAUGUGAGGAUGUGGAAGAAUCCCCAUCAGCAAGAGGGCGCUGUUUCUCCAACCUUCGAAUAUCAGGCGCAUGAAGGUGAGACACUAAACUAUGCACCGUCAGGAAUCGACUAA